AUGGAUAAAUCACAAACGCCCCAAGUUCGUGUCCCUGGCGAAACCCCCGAAUCAACCCAACCCGAACCCAAUGCGACUGCGAACCACAAUUCCACCGAGGUAGAGAUGGGAGAAACACAGGACACAAGCCAACCUGAACCCGAACAUGUGCAAGAAGAUUCGACACUUUCAGAUGUGCAGGCAGAGCCAGAACUACCUGCUCCGGCAAAAAAGAACGCGGGCUGCAACUUCCUUGACUUCCUGACUUCACCUAUCGUUGAGAUUAUCGUUGGGAAAGGCGACGAUGAGACCGUUAUGACAGCUCAUCAAUCCCUCUUGAUGGAAGCGCCACUACUAGCCGAGUUGCUUAGAAAAUUCGAAGCGUCAGGCCCGCGACGCAUCAACCUGUCAGAAGAGGACGUUGAUGCCUUCGGUUGCUUCCUCCAGUUCCAAUAUACGCGUGAUUACACCGUGGUUCAAACGGAAACACCCGGGGAAACAGUUGAAGACAAAAGCGGCGACGAGUUGCUGCGCCAUGCGCGCAUCUACACACUGGCAGAGAAGCUAGGUCUGCCAAAACUUCAGCGCAUUGCCCAUGGCAAGAUCCAUAAGGUCCAGAGCUCACCUGAUGCGGAGCUUUCAUAUGCCCGUUACGUAUAUACUCAUACACCAGCAACAGACACGACCAUUCGGAAGCCUGUGGCGACUUACUGGGCGAGCCAAAGCCACUUGCUGCGGCAGGAGGUUGGGGACAACUUUAAGAAGCUGUGCAUUGAAGUGCCGGAGUUUUCCUUUGAUGUUUUGACUAUCAUUCUGGAUCGCAAGUUGAAGAACGGAUCGGUGGAUGAGAUCAAGGGAAGUGCGCGCAAGCGCAGAAGAGACAUCUAG